GAGUAAUACAAUCACCACCCACAGAAAUUUAUAAUGGCUCGCAGCGCGUUGCAUUAUUCCUGGGCAGCUGGACACGCUAUCCUCUUCUUAAGCACACUCAAAUAUGUUCUCGGUUUGAUCACCUUCAAAGGUGGUGAUCUUGGCUGGGCAUACAAGCUUUCAUACUUUGGUGCUAUCGUUUCAUAUGGAGUCGUUGUUUUCAAAUCAUUCGGUAUCCCACAAGCCAACUUAGCAUGGGUACAACGUGCCAUGCUCGAUGAAAAUGUUCAAUACUUGAUCCUCGCCGCCUUCCUUUUCGUUAGCAAGCCAGUACCUCUCACACUUAUCCCAUAUGCGACUUUCUCACUCUUCCACAUUCUCUCUUUCGUCAAGAACACAGCAAUCCCAUUGGUAUUCCCACCUCCACCACAGUCAAACGCAACUUCAACCGAUGGCUCAACACCUCCAUCCAGCUCUGGCGCAGGCCCAUCAAUCCAAAAGUCGAUUGGAUCAUUUGUAAAGGCAAACUACGCCAAAGCAAUGAAGUUUGUUUCAUACUCUGAAAUGGUAGUCUUUGUGAGACUUUUCCUUGGUGCUCUUAUCUUCCAAAACGCAAUCUCAAUGCCAAUGUUUUACGCUUUAUUCUUACGCUCAAGAUAUGUCUUCAGUCCAUACACCAAGAAUGCAUUUGCUCAUGUUGGUGCUCGCAUUGAUGGAUUAGUAGCACCAUAUCCACAAGCCUCCAGAAUCUGGAUACAAGUUAGAGGCUACUUAGCAAGAGCAGGCGGUCAAGUUGCUUAAAAUUCUUUAUUGUAACUCAAAAGAUUGAAAUAAUUUAAAGACGG